UAUUAAGUUCUUCGUUUCCUUCCUUGUUGGAUUUAACAGCUAAUGCAGAACUUAACGGAGAACGUUAGGCGGCACCCCAUGAACAAACUUUGCGGCUUAAAAAAGAUCGGGAUAGAAAACUAGCAGGCUUUCUUAUUGAUUGGGGUCUGUAACAGCUGAAUGUGACGUAUCUUCCUACAUUUGCUCUGUGUGUAGCAGUCAGUCUACAGUACAUUUUGCCUUGUAUCAACGAAGCCUAUUGAUUUUGUGUGUGGCUUGCCAUAACGUUGGCCGCGGUUAACGUUUAUAAUACUAGAAGUCUUUUCAAUAACAAGCCGAGUGUGGAUUUUACAAGAUGCUUUCUUUUUGAUGGCAUUCGAUUGGAGAACAUAAUAUCACAGACAUGAAAAUGACAUCGCUACACGAAGCCUUAUCAAGAUGAGUAGAAGGUAAGAAUUAAAUAACUAAAGAGACAGAAUCAACAUCUAACCGAUCUGUCUCGGGCUAGUUAUAUAACACCUAUAUUGUAAACAUGAAGAAAUUAUAUACAGAUGAAGAGGCUAGCCCUCCAUACAACGAACUCAUUCCCGAAACUCCACCAGAAGUUCUCAGUAAAUUAUCAGUUAUUCUACUGAAUAUGACGUCAUUUGGUCUAAAUUUUAUGGUGCUAUUACUGUCUGUAGAAGUGAUACCUUCUCAAAUCCAGACAUUGGUUGGAGAUACUGCUAAAGGUAGUUGGUUUGGUGCUAUGGUAGCAGGUGGGGCAGCUAUAACAUUUUUCUUCAGUCCUAUAUUUGGUAUGAUAAGUGACAGAUUAAAAUAUAAAAUGGGUAAAAGAAGACCCGUGAUGAUGAUAGGAACACUAUUCUCUUGCAUUGGUUUAAUAGGUAUGGCUUUUAGUGCUCCACAAGUAAAUGUGUCCACUGAUACAGAUGUUAUAACAAAUAAUAUUACUUGCCAUCGUGAUCUUGUGUUAGGGAGAUGUCAGGCUUAUUGGAAUGGUACAAUUCCUAAUUAUCAACCAACGAAAGUGAAUCCUCAACCCGGAGGAGUAUUAUUACCAUCUAAAACACCGGGUCGAGAUACACCCCAAACUUUACAAGAACCAGUUGGAAAUCUAGCUUUAUAUAUUGUGUUCUUCCUAUUGGUGAUAUUAUCCCAAUCUGCUGUUACCGUCCCUUUUAACGCCUUAGUGGCAGAUAAGUCACACCCUUCACAACGAGGUUUUAAUUCGGGGGUCAUGGGUGCUAUGAUAUUAUUAGGAAAUGUAUCAGGUGCAGCUGUUGGUCUCAGUUUUUCACAUAUUGGUGUAUUAAGUAUAUAUGGUUGUAUUAUUGGUAUAUUGAUAUUAAGUGUAACUAUAACGUGUAUAUCUACUGGUGAAACACCUGGUAAAGAUGAUAUAAAUACACACCCAUUAGAUUGCAAACUAAUCUUUUGUGGAUUUUGGGAACCAUUAAAAGAACAUGAUUUUCGCUGGGUUUUCCUUACACGUUUUUUAAUGCAGCAAGGUGUUUCAACAAUAACAGGGUUUUUAGAGUAUUGGUUGGGUGAUAUGGUCCAAUUGCCGAACUGUUGGACAGCUUCUACAUCUGUAGCUGUCAUGUUACUACCUCUCUUAUUUGCUGCUGCCUGCAGUUCGGUUAUAUUUGGUGUUUUAUCUGAUAGAACUGGUCAUCGUAAAAUAAUUGUCAUGUCUGCUGCCUUUUUCAUGGCAACUAGUGCACUAACAGACGCAUUCAUCAAAGGGGAUUAUGCCUUCUAUGUUGCAGUUGUAAUGGCCUUCAUUUUCGGAGUUGGAUUUGGUGCAUUUACGAGUGUAGAUUUUGCUUUGGUUAUGGACGUUUUACCAGACGAGAAAGACAAAGCGAAGGAUAUUGCUGUUUGGCAUUUGGCGCUAGUUCUACCACAAGCAUUGGCGACACCUAUUGGUGGUGUUAUUCUGGAUAUAUUUGAGAAAGUAAACUGUGAAAUUGGUCUGGGUUAUAUUAUAUUAUUUCUAGUCACAGCCGCAUAUUUUGUGCUCAGUGGAUCAUUUGUGUUCAAAAUUCGGAGAGCUAAAUAAUUACUCCCUAGUUCUGUGAUAGAUCUGUGUUAAAUUAUAAUGAACGUGUCACAAAUUGUUAUUAUCUUGUAAAUGUCUAUUUAAUUAUUAAAACUUUAUACUUUAUAAACCAUUGAAAAUGAAUAUACAUCAAUUUAUUCAUUGUGUAUCAUAGGCCUUCAUAUAAAAUGAAAAUGAAUAUAAUGAAAAUGAAUACACUUCAAUCUAGUCAUUGUGUAUCAUAGGCCUGCAUAUAAAAUGAAAAUGAAUAUACUUCAAUCUAGUCAUUGUGUAUCAUAGGCGUUCAUAUAAAAUGAAAAUGGAUAUACAUCAAUCUAGUCAUUGUGUAUCAUAGGCCAUCAUAUCAAAUGAAAAUUAAUAUAUUUCAAUCUAUUCACUGUGCAUUAUAGGCCUUCAUAUCAAAUGAAAAUGAAUAUACUUCAAUCUAGUCAUUGUGAAUCAUAGGCCUGAAUAUAUAAUGAGUAUGAAUAUAUUUCAAUCUAGUCAUUGUGUAUCAUAGGCGUUCAUAUAAAAUGAAAAUAAAUAUACUUCAAGCUAUUCAUUGUGUAUCAUAGGCUUUCAUAUCAAAUGAAAAUGAAUAUAUUUCAACCUGUUCAUUGUGUUACAUAGGCCUGAAUAUAUAAUGAGUAUGAAUAUAUUUCAACCUUUUCAUUGUGUAUCAUAGACCUGAAUAUAAAAUGAAUAUGAAUAUACUUCAACCUGGACAUUGUGUAUCAUAGGCCUUCAUAUUAUCCUAAUUACAUAGUGUAUCUAUAUAAGCUUCGGUACAGGGUACAAUUUUAAAAAAGACCAUUGUAUCAACAAAAGGUGAUAAAUUUUAUUUUUUAAGAAUGUCGCUCUGAAAAGCGCACAAAAUUGUUGUUUUAUUUCGAAUGUUCACCUUUCCAACCCCAUUUUACAGGGAUCCAUUCCACGAUUUACCAAAUUUAUGACGAGGCUAUUAUACAUUAUUCCUUUAAGAUUUACGUGUAUUCGAUUUGCGAUUGUUGUAAAUGAGUAUAAGUGAAAAAAUGUAAUAUAAACAUUACCAAAGCCAAGUCUAUGUCGUAUCUAUUAAAUGAAUUCAAGAUGUCCUAUUCCACGGUUCUGGAUAACCAUGUCUAUAUACCCACAACGAUGAUGUCAUUUCAGAAUCAGAUAUUUAUAAUGAAAAGUUUCAGGCAAGGUUGGCAGGCUUUAUCGCCACAUUUAGAGUUACACACUUUAACGUAUUUGCAUUUUGUGGAAUAUGGGACUGCCCCUUUAAGGAUUGCAUGAACGGUAUCGAAUUGUUUCUUCUUAGCCAGAAUUGUGUAACAGGAAAUAUUCAGACGUGGAGGUGUGUUAGUUGUAUUUUACGUCCGCUUCCGCUUCCACCGAGGUGAUAUCGUAGACAAUAACAUGUUAUGUAUACAUGGUGUAAUAUUAUACAAUGUGAUUAGUGAAAAAAGGAUUAAAGAAUUAUUAGAUAUUUAUAUAUAUGUACAGAAGACAGUAAAAGACGGGACGGAACGUUUUAUGACAAGAGCAAAAUGAAAUAAGUGCGAGUGGGGACAGACAUACAUUAAAUUGAUGUGGAGGGCGACAUCUUGUAAAUUGUAGUUAUGAGAGCUUUUACGGAGAGAUAUAUAUGUCUGUUUUAAAACUCAAUUUUUAAGAAUCUGUAAUAUUUUUAGUAAAUUGUAAACAUACAUAUUAUUAUCUUAGGCUUUAUUCAUUAGUUCUAUAAUUAUGUAUAUGAUUAUUAUUAAGGCGCCAAACAUAAUAAUAUAGUAAAUACUAUAGAGUAUUAGCAUGCAGUUAAUGUGAUAAUUUAUGUAUAUAAAUGUGUAUUUUCUAUUUUAAUUAUGUAAUUGUACGUAUCAUUGUGCUUGUGCUAGGUUCCCACUGUUACGAUGCGUUACGAUAGGGGAGAGAGAGAGAUGGGGUUUAACGUCCACUCGACACAAACUGGGUCAUUUCGGGACUAACAUAUGGUCCAACUUUAUUUCAAUAAUUCGCUUGUGCGUAGGGGUCAUUAGCAGUGGGAAGAAACCGAAGGACCCGGAGAAAACCCAUAUCUGGUUGCAAAUUGUAUAAGCUUUCUGUGGAACAAUCAUUCUCGUCCAAAAGUCUGUUUUGUGACAAAAAUGUGACUUAGAUCGUUCUUCCCCUAGAAUCUUCAUAUUAUGUAAUCCUUGAGUGGCAUAUAGCGAUUAAGCGCAUUAAAAAAUACAACACAAUUUAUAUGGAAAACAAUCACUGGUUUGUACACAUAUACCACGACGUUUCGACAAGUAUCCUUUUAUCAUUUUCAAGUACAAAUGAUGUUGAAAACGAUAAGAGAAUACUUGUCGAGACGUCGUGCUAUAUGUGUAUAAACCAGUGAUUGUUUUCCAUAUAAAUUAUGUUGUAUUUGUUUUAUAAAUGUAUGGUUGUAAAUCUUGUUUGAGAGAUACUCUUUAAUCUUGCAAUAGAUCACACGUCAUGUUUUAACGAUUGAGUAACCACAAAUCGAAGUCUCUCAAACACAAAAACUGAAUUCGACAAAAUAGGAAUGUUGCAUAUUUCAAUUUUAUGCUGCAGACAUUGGGUAUAAAAUGUGGGUUUUAAAAGGCUACAGUCAGUACAACUCUUACAGUUUUGUGAAAGAUGCAAGGAUAUGCCCAGUUUGCGGCCCCAAGUUUACAAAGCUUUCUCAACUUUAAUCACUGUUUAUGAGAAAAAUCUUUGAUCCUGCAGAAACGCGAACCUUUACACAUAGUUUCUUAUUGAUGUAUUUGAUACAUUAAAACAACAUUGGUUUUAGAAAGUGCUAUAUUGUAAUUAAAAUAAGGCCAACAAUUUUGAAUAAAUUCUUAACUUAGUCUCGGAAUGCUUUGUAAACUCGGGACCUGAUCUCCCUGAUCACCGAAAACGCGCCAUUACGUGGGCAAUUCAUAUGAGUGUACUAGGGUGCCUAAAUACGUUUCACUGUAAAAUAAAGUUGUCAUGGCUGCACUAUAGUUUCGCCAGCACUUGGUAUAUAGCUUAUCAAUUUUAUUAGUUUAAUUGGAAACGUUCACCACUUCAUUGAUAAUUAUUUUUACACCAAUAAUAUUAACGAUUAAACCAACCGAAUUAUGCAAUUUAAUGGUGUGGCUACUUUAUUCAUAAUUGUUCCUUUUACUUUUACAUAAUCAUACCUUACUGUAAUAUAAUAAUAUGUUUCUGCUUGUGCAUCAAUGUUUUGCUUUAUUCGUGGGAUUCAAAGAAAUGACCAACAAUCGAAAGAAUAUAAUAAUACGGAGCAGCACUUCAGUUGUGACAAAUUAUGGUACUGUAUACUUAAUGUAACCGAUCAGAAAUAUGUAAUAUCUGGACUAUAAAACAUUUACGGCUUUGAAUUCAGCCUUUUUAUAAUUAUAAUUAAUACUUUAUUGAAUUUUAUUGAAAACAGAAUUUACGGGCGGGGAUUCACCACAGCGUUUAUAUCGAAGAAAUCUGAUCCUAUUUCGUUUCGUUUUUUUAUAGUUCAAAAUUUCGUUUUACUUGUCUUUACUACACUGGGAACUGGAAGAGUUGUUAUAUAACCGCGUUCUAAUUGAUGUGAGGGAUUAGCCAAUGAAAUGGUCUGUUGCAGCGAGUUCUUGGCCUGUGAUGCACAGAACUGUGGGUAUCCUACUAGAAACGCCGAUCGGUUAAUCAAAUAUCUGACGUCAUAGGGUCAAAAGCCGCUCGUAUAGCCCCUGACACAACCUCCCAUUACAACUGGCCAGAAAGUAUAAAAAAAAACGAAACGAAAUAUAGAUUUGUUUUUUAAUCAGAUUGAUAACGAAGUGUAAAUAAUUUUUUGUAAAAAUAAACCAAUCCAUCGCAGUGGUAUUUGUCAUGUUUCGAUCAUCAUCAGAUAUCAGAUAUAUUGUAAUGUCACUGUUAUUUUACAAACGUUAAUCGAGCUGGGAAAAAGGGUGUUUAUUUUUAGCCCUAUUAUAUUUUAUUGUGAUACUUAUAAUGAUCAAAGUAUGUAAAUAGUAUGAUAUAUCAUUCAAUAAUGUGGGUGUAAAUAAACAAUUUUAAAAAUGUAGAAA